GCAAUGGAUUUUAGCUAGCCACCGAUAUCUGUCUGUACGCUUGAGGAAACCAUCUAUGUCAAGAAAUACGGCGGGUUUUCGAAGUCAAGCGCUGCUCGUGUGUACCCAUAGAUACACACCAGUCUGUCUACACAGUAUUUGUAAAUCGAUCUGGCUGGUUCAGUGACUGGAGCGCAGAGCCUUGGUGCUGCUUUAUGCCCUUUUCAAAGGCCAGGGAUUUCACAUUCAGAAAAUGAACGGCUUGUCCAUACGGGAGUUAUGCUGCUUAUUCUGCUGCCCGCCAUGCCCCAGCCGCAUUGCAGCCAAACUGGCGUUCCUCCCUCCUGAGCCCACCUAUGCCCUCAUCCCAGAUCUGGACCCCACUCCAAUCUCUACCACUGAGACCAGCUCGGGGCCUGCACUGCCAUCGCUGGGGGCUCCAGGGCUGCGCGCACGUCUGGGGGCUGGAAGUGGAAGCGAGAGGGGAGGUGACAGGGGGGGAGGAGGGGGAGGUGGCAGCACAGCAGGUGGAGGUACCAGCACCAGCAUCGGUGAGCCUAGGUGGAAGCUACAUCUCACGGAGAGAGCAGAGUUCCAGUACUCCCAAAGAGAACUGGAUGUGACUGAUGUGUUCUUGGCCCGCUCCAGCAGAGGCAACCGUGUGGGAUGCAUGUACAUCCGCUGUGCGCCCAAUGCCAGGUUCACUGUGUUGUUCUCACAUGGUAACGCUGUAGACCUUGGUCAGAUGAGCAGUUUCUACAUUGGUUUAGGAACACGCAUCAACUGUAACAUCUUCUCCUACGACUACUCGGGAUAUGGCGUCAGCACUGGCAAACCCUCAGAGAAAAACCUCUAUGCUGACAUUGAUGCUGCCUGGAAUGCAUUGCGCUCACGGUAUGGCAUCAGCCCUGAGAACAUCAUCUUGUAUGGGCAGAGCAUCGGUACAGUGCCCACAGUGGACCUGGCCUCACGCUUUGAGUGUGCUGCUGUGGUUCUGCACUCUCCACUCACCUCUGGGAUGAGAGUGGCCUUCCCUGACACCAAGAAAACCUACUGCUUUGAUGCCUUCCCCAACAUUGAGAAGGUGGCCAAAAUUCCGUCUCCAGUUCUGAUCAUCCACGGUACAGAGGACGAGGUGAUCGACUUCUCUCACGGCCUGGCGUUGUUUGAGCGGUGUCCCAAAGCCGUGGAGCCACUGUGGGUGGAGGGGGCAGGGCAUAACGACAUAGAACUUUACAGCCAGUACCUGGAGCGACUACGGCGCUUCAUCAACCAGGACCUGGCUGCACAACACGCCUGAAAAACAAACUGCCGCCUCUGCAUUUUUACAGCCUCCUGAGAGCGAGAUGUGAUACUGGUAUGUUUGUGGAACGAGUGUCUAAAGGGAAUUCUGCUUGAUUUGUCACAUCUGUGUGUCUUUAAAGUAGCACUCUAUGUUACUUUAAAAAAAUCUUUUACAACCAAGUUUUUAAUGUACACAUACACUAAGAUUAAUAUCGUCAUUACUUUUCAUGGGGCAUUUGACAUCUCCUACCAGUGAAAUUACAGCUUUAAUGUAUUUUAAAGUAACAGCUUUGUCCAAAGGCACACAGAUGUCAUUUUAUGAGUGAAUGCUGCUAUGAAUGAAAGUGUAAAAUCAUAUCACUAUUAACUGUAACUGUGUCGACGCUAUCUAUGUGACAUGAAGGACUUCCUGAUGACUUGGAGCGCUGCAUCAAGGGAAGGUGUAAUGGAGACUUUUAAAUCAUGGUGUAUUUUUUUUAUUUUUAUUUAGUUUUUUUCUUUUGUAUAAGAAUACCUCCACAGCUUGACCACUUAACUCCUGUGCAGUGGACUAACUAUUGGUCAAGCAUGUGUCAUCCUCGCUAAUUCUCUGCUUAAAUCGACCUUUGAACUCUAGGCGCCUCCCUUCUAGACUGUGUUCCUCUUUAGUGUCAGUUAAAGUGGACAUACAGAGACUUGUCUGAGACACUCCUAGCUUGAUGGGCCUCUCCUUGCUUUUAUUCUGCUAAUUUCUUACUGCUGGGAACCAUAUAAAAUGGCCACCAUCCAUGUCGUCCAUUUGUCCUUGGCUGCUUUUUAUUACUCACCAGUUGUAAGUAAUUGCGCUAUUGCUUUAUGGAUAAGCAGUCACAGGUUCUUCUAGUAUUGAUAAGUAAAUAGGUCCUCACUGUGGAUAUUGCUAGUUUUACACAACCGAAAGUCAUGGGUUUUAUUUCUUACUGAGAUUUUGAUAACUGCUGUCUUGGAAACAACAGGUGUUUGCAAGACCAAGUUUGAGUCUCAAAUGCAGUGCAGCUGUUUUUAGCAUUCAGUUGGAGGAUAUAAUUGUAAGAAGACAACUUGAUCCACUUUUCUAAAAUGCGAAUUGAAAGCUAUUGUUUUAAUCUGAAAUUGGCUUCCCUAUAGUCUUACUGCACACGUUCCCAGUUGCAGUCAUAUCUGUCAAGCAUAUUUCUUAAUGUAGGUGAUCAUGUUGUGUGUUGUCGUAGCGUAGGGCCAUAGACUGAUUGUUUAGAACCAUACAUGUAAAAUGUGAUGAGUAUCAAUGUGAUUUCUGAUUGGGCGCCAGGACAGUGACAUCAUAGCUCUGUUUCUAACCUCUGUGGCCCAAAUCGUACGGACGACGCUCUCAUCUUUGAGCCUGUCACUGUUGGUGUGGUGCGGGUUCCACCACACAAGACCUUUGCACAUCAUCACAAUCAUGUACACACAUACACAAACAUAUACUGUACUGUGCAGUAUAUUGACAUGUUUAUAUAUAUAUUGGAACAAGCAUGAAAAAGCAGGUCUUAAGUUCAGCACUAUUGUAAAAAGCAUCCAAAGUGUAAUAAGGGUAUAAGAUGUAAGUUUGUGUGUUUUUUUGUUUUUGUUUUUGUUUAUUUUGUUUUUUUUUUUCAUUGUAAUUGACAAUUGUGGGCCAGCAGAAUAGAUAGUCCAUGGAUACCUCCCAUGGUAACAUUACUAACAGAGGUGUAAACUUGAAUAUAUGUGGUCCCAGCACAUCAGUACAUUCAGUGAUCUACAGUGGUCAUAUUAAGGUGACACACAUUAAAGGUACACUAGGUAACUUUUCCUCCAGGGGUCUGCCACUUGUUUGUCUCAGUGUACAUGUUAUUGCUUUGCCUGGAAUGUUACACCUAUCUUAUGUUUCAAUUACAGGUGUUUUAUUUGGGAAAAAAUAGCUUGAAAACACGUGUUUGUACUCCGAUCCUCUCCACAGAUGUGACCUGUAACUGGUGGUGUCACUUGCUUCUUGUCUCCCUGGAGAUGGAUAGGUUUAAUGCCAUACAGUGAGACAUUUUGGGAAAAGCGAUAACAUCUCCAUUGAGACAAGCACAUGGUACACCCUCAGUUAGAAAAGUUACAUAGUGCACCUUUUAAAGUAGCACUGAUCUGGCUGCUCCACUUCUUUUGGAGAACAAGAUGCCUGUGUACUUCUCUGCUCAUCAGCUCAUGCAGGGAGAACAGUCCAUCCUCAUUCUGCACUAUGUUUAAGAAAUGGAAAUCUGUUACCAUCUUUUUCAGGGAAACCACUGGAUCCACUUUUUAUGGGGCUGAGAGAAAAAGGGGGGUUGGGGAGGGGGGUCUCUUAACAUUUUGAUUCACCACUAUGGUUAUAUUCUCCUCUGGCCCUGAAUGUUUCUUCGUGGGGUGGGGUGUGGGGUAGAGCAGUAAAAAAAACAGUAUGCAUGUCUAUUGUGUUUUGAAGAGCAAGUAAAGGGUGGGUGUAAGCUCUAAUAUGUAUUCUAUGUGAGGGUCAAACUAAACUCAUGGCAUUGGAAUAAUAAUAAUAAUGCGCUUUUUAAAAAUGGGACGUUUAUUUUAAUUUUUUUAUUACUGAUGUAUUGAGUUUUGUGCUAGAGUUUGACAUGGACAGCGGGCAGGGCUAGACUACAUUAGUGAACUGUUUAUAUGGUUACUGUACUUACCUAUUCUAUUCUUUGUAUUAUUUGUAAUUUUAUGUUGCUUUUUGAACUGAGAAUAUGAUGUAAUGAUAUUAAUUAAUGGGACGAAAUCUUGACCUUUUUAUCGACGACAAAUAAAAAAAAACACUUCUAUAUGAAA